AUGGAAAUGUCGCACCAAGCUGGGGCGGAAGGCGAGAGCCUCCUGCGGGGAGACCGCAACACAGUCGUCAUGCAGCAGAAACGUUGGGAUGCGUCGGAAGGCGAGAAGGCGCCCUUCCUACGCAACGAGCCGGUGCGUCUGACACCCGCCUGGGAGGGUUCCAACCUGCCCAACGACACGCUCAAUUUAAAAGGUAUAGCCAUGGACUUGGUGCCGCCGAAAGACAAGUGGAACAUCAUAUACUUCACACUGAUGCUGCACGGCCUCGGGACUCUCACAGCGUGGAACAUGUUCAUCACGGCGAAGGACUACUUCGUGAAGUACAAGCUGAUAAAUGCGCCCACUUAUGCUGAGAACUUCAUGCCUUACAUCGGCUGGGCUUCACAUGGACCCAACUUGCUGUUCAGCUGGUUCAAUAUUUUUGCAAAGAUGGGCGGAGACCUUACGUCACGUAUAGUAUGGUCCCUAUGCAUAGAAGUACUGAUGUUGGUCGUUACAGUAAUACUUGCAAUGGUGGACAGUUCUACUUUUCCUGAAGUGUUCUUCUGGCUCACUAUGAUCACAGUCUUCAUAUUGAACGGUUUCAACGCAAUAUUCCAGAACACAGUAUACGGCGUCGCCGCUAGACUCCCGCCACAGUACACUGGAGCAGUCGUACUGGGUUCAAACAUAUGCGGCACCCUCAUCGUCCUACUGAACUGGGCCAGCGAUCUGUUCACAGAGAGCUACCGCACAUCGGCGAUCUACUACUUCAUUUGCGGCAUCUUCGUGCUGCUUAUAUGCUUUGACACAUAUUUUGCGUUACCGCUAAAUAGGUUUUAUCGCUACCACGAAACGUUACAAGAAAGGACAUUGAGAGUAAACCCAACUUUAGCAUCGACCAAUCAGAACGCGAGCCCGGCGAAGCAGAGCGUUCCAUACGGAAUUAUAUUUAGACAAUCUUUCAUCCAGUUAUACAAUGUGUUCCUGGUUUUCUUUGUGUCUCUAGCUGUCUUUCCCGCUGUACAUUCAGAUAUUCAACCAAUGAGCCCCGGUUUCCUCGGUAACGAUUUCACACGGAUCACGUGUUUCCUAACAUUCAACUUUACGGCUAUGAUUGGAAACAUCACGGCUAGUCUAUGGCAAUUUCCGAACCCCAAAUGGCUCUCCUUGUUCACGACGUUAAGAUUAGUAUUCAUUCCAUUAUUCUUACUCUGCAACUAUAACCCAUUGGGAAGGCAAAGAACGCUUCCGGUCGUGAUCAACAAUGACUGGGCGUAUUGGAUCAUCUCUGUGCUGCUGGGUUGGAGUUCGGGGCACGGUAGCUCACUGGGCAUGAUGUAUGUUAGCGGGACGGUAGCACCAGAGCAUGCAUCAACAGCUGGCAUGUUGGGUGGAGCGGUGUUGAUCACCGGAUUGGUCGCUGGAAUUACCUUUUCACGGUUUUGCCCCGCCCUCGUAUCGCUAGCCGCCUGGUCGAGCAUGUAG